AUGGAUGUUCCAAUCAUGGUUGGAGAUUGCUACAUCCCUGCUGAUUUUGUAGUUCUUGAGCUGGAACACCAACCUAAAGACCCUCUUAUCUUGGGAAGGCCAUUCCUAGCUACUGCAGGAGCUAUAAUAGAUGUCAAGAAUGGAAAGAUUGACUUGCAUCUUGGAGAUAUAGUGAUGAAUUUCGAAGGAAUCUCACCUGAACUAUGCACACAUCGCAUCAUCCUGGAGGAUGAGUCUAGUUCUUCCAUUGAACAUCAAAGGAGGCUAAACCCAAACCUAAAGGAAGUUGUCAAGAAGGAGAUAAUGAAGCUAUUGAAAGGCUGGAGUGAUUAUCCAAUAUCAGAUAGUGCAUGGGAAACUGAACUCCUCUACGCGCAAGGACCAUUACCCCUGCCAUUCAUAGACCAGAUGCUUGAGCGCCUUGCCAAUCAUCAAUACUACUGUUUCUUGGAUGGAUACUCAGGAUUUUUCCAAAUUCCAAUCCACCCAGAUGAUCAGGAGAAGACUACCUUCACUUGUCCCUAUGGCACAUAUGCUUAUAGGAGAAUGCCUUUUGGAUUGUGCAAUGCUCCAGCUACAUUCCAAAGGUGUAUGAUGUCCAUAUUCACAGAUCUAAUAGAAGAGAUUAUGGAGGUUUUCAUGGAUGAUUUCUCAGUAUAUGGUUCUUCCUUUGAAUCAUGUUUGGGAAAUCUUGGAAGAGUGCUACAGAGAUGUGAAGACAAGCACCUAGUUCUAAAUUGGGAGAAGUGCCACUUUAUGGUUAGAGAUGGAAUAGUGCUUGGACAUAGAAUCUCAGAGAGAGGCAUAGAAGUUGACAAGGCCAAGAUUGAAGUCAUGACAAACCUUCAGCCGCCCAAGACAGUCAAAGAUAUCAGAAGCUUCCUAGGACAUGCUGGAUUCUACAGGAGGUUCAUUAAAGAUUUCUCGCAGAUAGCAAGGCCACUAACACGCCUUUAUGCAAGGAUAUUAACUUUGAGUUCACAGAGGAGUGUCACAAGGCUUUCACUAAGAUCAAAGAUGCAUUGGUCUUUUGGAGCAUUCUGGAGCAUAUGGGACAAAGGAGCAUGGAGGGACUUGGCACAUGGAAGCAGCUCAACUGGAUACGCAAAGGAAGAAGGGAGAAGCCAUCUUGAAGACCAGCUCGACCGUCUACUCGACCAACCGGUCGAGUUCCUCAACUCGACCGGCCAAGCUUCAACUCGAUCGAGCUGA